AUGGUAUCAGAACCGCCAUCUUCCGCCAACAGUGCGAUCAUCACAACCAACAACAAUGAAAUUUCGACAACCUCCCCUACUCCCGCUCCAAUGGAGGCGCCCUUGAAGGAACGUCGUCCUUGGACACAUUUUGUAGCGGGUGGUACGGGCGGAAUGACAGCAGCAACGCUGACUUCUCCGCUUGAUGUCCUCAAGACGCGCCUUCAGUCCACAUUCUAUCAAGCGUCAUUGGCCGCCUCCCGAUCCGCAAAAGGCAUUCCUCCUCCACAUGAGCUUCCGCUGGCUCGCGCCGCUCUUCUACACAUACGGGAAACAGGACAGAUAUUAGCUCAGAUUCCCAAAGUAGAAGGAUACAAGGCUUUGUUCAAAGGUCUGGGACCGAAUCUGGUUGGUGUCGUUCCUGCACGCGCAAUAAACUUCUGGGCAUACGGGAAUGGAAAGAGGGUGUACUCUCAGCUUCUGUUUGAUGGAAAGGAGACGGCAGGUGUACAUCUCMUGUCUGCAGCGACGGCAGGAAUCAUCACGGGCACAGCGACGAACCCCAUCUGGUUGGUGAAGACACGACUGCAAUUGGACAAGCAGCAUGCGAAAGAUGCGGCUUCUGGACAGCAGGGCAGAUUGUACAGGAACGCCUGGGAUUGCGUGGUGAAGACUGUGAGGCAUGAAGGGAUCCGAGGACUAUACCGAGGACUUUCAGCGUCUUAUCUGGGUGUCAGUGAAUCUACACUACAAUGGGUGCUUUACGAGCAAGCAAAAUCCUCACUAGCCAGAAGGCAAGAGAGACUGGCCAUUUCAGGUCGUCCGCCGACGACGUGGGACAAGACGGUGGAGUGGACCGGGAAAUUGACGGCUGCUGGAGGAGCAAAGUUUGUUGCUGCGCUCAUCACAUAUCCGCAUGAAGUUGUCCGGACGAGAUUACGGCAAGCACCUGUUGAUGCGAGUGGGAGAGUCAAAUAUACCGGGCUUUGGAGCUGCUUCACGACGGUGUUCAAAGAGGAGGGAAUGGCCGCGUUAUAUGGAGGUCUCGUACCACAUAUGCUACGCGUGGUACCGAGCGCGGCUAUAAUGUUUGGUGUAUAUGAGGGUGUCCUUUGGAGUUUGGGUGAGAGUGCUGGUGUGUAA